AAUACCUUUUAAAUCAAUUUAAAAAUGUGGUACACUGAACAAAAGAAGAUCAUGGCAAUACUUCAUACAAACUAGAAUUCAAAAUAGAACAAUAAAAAUUGUGGCUGCGGUUCUUAUGUCAGUAUGUGGUGAUUACAGAAAAAACUGAUUGUUCAGUAAAGUUUUAUUACAUACUGACAUAACAAACGUAAAUCACGAGAAAAUGAACUAUGUAUGGAGAAAGUGGCAUGCAUAGACUUGCUACAACAGACAGAAUCGUUACAGCAGAUUUGUAUAAUUGGAACUGUCUGCACUCCCGAAGGUUGGCAGCCUCGAUGGUUUGUACUGAACAACGGAAUAUUUGCAUAUUACAGUUGUCUGGAAGAAAUAAACAAGGGUUGUAAAGCUUCACUAAAUAUUUCUGCUGGUGAAGUUAAGGUACAUCCAACCGAUAACACAAGGUUUGAUAUUGUAUUACAACAUGAUCAACACUGGUAUUUACGUGCUAGCACUCCAGCAGAAAGGCAGAAAUGGUUGAUUGCUCUUGGAACUGUUAAAGCAAGGAAAUGCGAGUUGGGUGGAAUAAAUACCAAAGACACAGCGAAAUCUAAUGAAGAAAUUCAGACAAAAGUUUCUGAAUUGAGAUUGUAUUGUGAUCUGAUAUCCAAUCAAGUUUUACAAUUAAAGGAGGAAGCUCAGGUUCAGCAUCCAGAUGCCAAGGUACUUACCGAAACUUCAUCCAUGUUGGUUGCUACAUGCGAUACAUUUUUAAACACACUGACACAAUGUCUCAGCAUGACAGAGAAAAAGUUUGCAACGAAAUCAAAUAUCGUUCGUGGUGAUGAUGUAUUGAUGGCGUUGCCGUUUUCCGGUGCCAACUCGUCUAAAAGCAGGGAGAAAUAUAGUCGAAGAUCUGUAUCUGUUAAGGAAGAAACUUCCUAUAAUCAUGCAAAAGAUUUCGCCCAAACUGAUGAAUCAUUUUCCUUGGAACUUCCUAUUAGUCAUUCUGCUCCAAGUUCUCCUCCUCCUCCUGAUGAUGAGAUCUCACCAUUUGCUGAUGCAACGGAAAGACUUUUACAUUUACAUAUUUCCAACACUUUGAUACCAAAGAACUCUGUUGAAAUCACUUACAGUACUUCAACACCUGUAGAAAAGUCUACAGAAAACGAAGCUAUAUCUAAAGACCAAAACAAAAUAUUGCAAAAUACUGAUUUACACAACAACAACACAAAGAAUAACACAAAUAUUCUUAAAAACACAAAUGAUGAAUGCAGACUGUCAUUUUUCACUGCUAUGCUACAUAGUUUCACAGAUAUAGUAUUGGAGGAAGAUGGUGGCGUUCCAACUACACCAUUCUUAUCAGCAUGUGAUUGCUUAUUACCUUUCUUUGAUUUGAUUGGUUCAACAGCAUUUGCUCCUGUUAAAAUGGAUUUAGGUGGAAACAUAAAGAAAAUUCGAACCAAACAACUGACAGAUCCAGUUCGAUUCUGUACCCUGCAAAGCAUUGUCAAUCAGGAAAUUGAGACAAAUACAACCAAAGUUAGAAAUUCAGCUACGGAUGCUCUCUUAUGGUUGAAAAGAGGUCUUCGUCUUGUAUAUGCGCUUCUUGUCAAUAUUAAGAAUGGUGAAAAAGAUUUAACAGUGGCUUUAAAUUCUGCCUACAACAGUACCUUGAAACCUUAUCACAGUUGGGUUGUAAAAGGAAUCUUUGCGUUGGCAGUGAAGGCAACUCCAUAUUAUGACGAUUUUUUGAGAACGUUCCAAACAGAAUCAUUGUCUUCAGAUCAUCCCGAUUUUAUGGAAAUCGUCAUGCGAGACAUUGAUCAAUAUUCUACUGCAAUUGAUGUUGUUCUGAGUAUUGUGGACAACUUUUAUCAACAACACGCUUUGGAUUCUGCUGCUAUUGUAUAGAAUUUAUACAGUUUUAUUCCAUACAAUAUUAUUGGACACGAUAUUGACCUAUGGGUUCAUUUUGUUAUUAUUAUUAUGUUGUUGUUGUGAAAAAUCGCUUUUCUCUUCCAACUACUGGGCCAAUUGCCUAGAAAUAUUGAGUGGUUAAAGCUUGUUGUUGUUUCUAGAAGGCUAUUUUCAUUCAUUUCAGAAAUACUGUAGGCUCAAUGGUAGUCGUUUUUUACUUCUAAGUUUUGUGUGAUAACGCCGUUGUUCUGUGAUCACAUCGCAGCAAUCUGGUGGUUAGACUACUGGUACUGUAAAAGUUUUGAUGCUACUUCGUUUUGGUCUUCGAGUCCAUAUAUUUGACAUUGCUCUCUUGUUGUAUUAAAUAUAUGAAUGUUUCACUGUUUUAUAAACUAAUUAAUAUCAUUAUUCGGCAUUUCUUAUUUCUUUCGUAAGUUCAAUACAGUUGUAUACAUUUCUUGAUUUUCCAUCUAUCUUUUCAUGCAAACAUUUUUGUUUCAUCAUGCAGAAUUUCCUAAAUAAUUGUAACAAAAGUAUAUUAUAACAGAGUUGAACUAUUGCGAUAAAUUAAAGUAUAAAAUGAGCUGCUCAUCAGUUUUAAAGUAUAUUUUGUGUUUUUUUAUCAGUCAGAAUUUUAAAAAUUAUCCAAUAUGUCCUCGUCAAAACUUGCUUGGAAAAAUGAUGCAUUUUAUUGUUUCCAAUUGCAAUGUAUAUUUCCCAUAUUGUUUGUUGACACUUUUAUGUUAGUGACCAAACUAUUUUUUAUUAAUCAAUUGAUUGGUUGUGGAAUAUGGAAUCUGUAUUAUCCAAUUUGAGGCUGGAUGUGACUGUACAUUUGCACCCGUAUAUCUGCGGGUUCAAUUUAUAUGAGGGUGCUGAAAACCAUGGGUUAGGGUUAGUAUGGGUUCAAAUAUCCGUAAAGGAAAAAUUCCAUAGGUGCAAUAGUAUGCAGGUGCAAUUGUCGGGGUUCAAAUGUAAUGGAACCGAGGCAUGAUGUUAAUAAUUGGCUGUUUUCUGAAAAUUUGUUUUGUUCAGUCGAGUUAUAAAAUCUUUUUUUUUUACAUCUUAUACCAGUAUCAAUUUUUUAUUUCAGUUUCUUAUAAACUCUUUAGCAUAUGUUUAUCCAAUUUUGACAUCAUUUCCUUGAGUCAGAGAUUUCUCUAGGAUGGAUAUCCUUUUUUGCAUAUAUUUCAUUUACACUCUGUAUAUUGUGUUUAGCAAGUGAAUAACUACCGCUGUAGCAUAUCUAUACAAAUUGCAUUAUUAACUUGAAUUUGAGAACAAAAUAAGAAGUCCAAAGCUUCUAUAAAA